GAGUCUGGGCAUGUGCAGAGCGGGCCGGGCCGCUCGCCGCGCCCGCCGCGCCCCGGGGCUCCGGCCGCCGCCCGCCCGCUGCCAGGUGAAGCCGCGCUAGGUGGGGGCGGAGCGGGGGCAGCCGCUGGCCGGCGGCGGCGGGGCAGGAUGAACAGCUCCGACGAGGAGAAGCAGCUGGAGCUCCUCGCCAGCCUGAAGGACCAAGCUAUUGGCGAAUAUGAAGAGCUUAGAGCAGAAAAUAAGAAAACAAAAGAAGAGUGUGACAAAAUCAAGCAAGAACGAGAUGAGGCUGUCAAAAAACUGGAGGAGUUUCAGAAAAUUUCUCACAUGGUUAUUGAGGAAGUAAACUGUAUUCAGAACCAUCUUGAAAUUGAGAAGACGUGCCGUGAAAGUGCUGAGGCUUUGGCUUCUAAGCUGAACAAAGAAAAUAAGACCUUGAAAAGAAUUAGUAUGCUUUAUAUGGCAAAACUGGGCCCAGAAAUUAUCACUGAAGAGAUUAACAUUGAUGAGGACGAUUCAUCCACAGAUACAGAAGCUAACUCUGGAUCAUGCAAUUCUGUGCAUUGUCAGCAGCAAAUAAAAGAGCUGCGAGAUCAAAUCAUAUCUGUUCAUGAGGAAAAGAAGACCUUAGCCAUUGAACUGGAAAACCUGAGGUGCAAACUUGUAGAAGUAAUUGAAGAAGUGAAUAAAGUGAAAGAAGAAAAGGCUGUUUUGACAACAGAAGUUAAUAAGCAGCAAAAACUGUUGGAGAAAUGUAACAGAGUGUCUGUGCUGGCAGUAGAGGAAUAUGAAGAGCUUCACGUAAACUUUGAACUGGAAAAGAACCUGCGGAAGAAAGCAGAGUCGUUUGCACAAGAGAUGUUUAUUGAACAAAACAAGAUGAAAAGGCAGAGUCAGUUGCUUCUGCAAAAUUCUGCUCCUGAUCAACAGCUUUUGAAGGCUUUGGAUGACAAUGCUAAGCUAACCCACGCAUUAGAAGAAGAGAGGCUUCAACACCAACAAAAGAUCAAAGAAUUGGAAGAGCAGCUAGAGAAUCAAGCACUGCAUAAGGAGAUUAGUCGUCUUAAACAGCAACUAGAACUUUUGGAAGAAGAUAAAAAAGAACUAGAGCUCAAGUGUCAGAACUCAGAAGAAAAAGCUAGAGACCUAAAGCAUUCAGUUGAUGAACUUCAGAAACGAAUACAGCAGUCUGAAAAUCCUGCACCACCUCCUCCACCGCCGCCCCCUCCUCCUCUUCCUCCUCCCCCUCCUCCUAACCCUAUACGGUCUCUCAUGUCAAUGAUUCGCAAGAGAUCUCACUCCAACACCAAUGUGAGCAAGAAGGAGAAACCUCCUCAGCAGGAGUCAGGUGAAGAAGUUACGGAUCUGAAGAGACAAGCUGUUGAAGAAAUGAUGGACAGAAUUAAAAAGGGAGUUCAUCUGAGACCAGUCAACCAGUCAAGCAGGCCUAAAACAAAGCCAGAAACACCAAAGCCCUCUGAAAGUGCAAUGAAAGAAUUAAAAGGGAUUCUGGAAACAUUGAAUAAAUCCACUAGUUCCCGAAGCUUGAAGUCCCUUGAAACAGACAGCAGUGAAACAGAGCUGGAACGAGUUCUGCGACGCCGGAAAGUAACCACUGACCAGGACAGUGGCAGUCCCACUGGAACCUUGGCCACAUCAGAAUCAAAAUCUCUGCCUGUGCUAGGUUUGGGAGCCAGUGCCGCACAAACAGCGUUGAACAAGAAAGACCUGGAGACGGAAUUCAGUUCCAAAGUACCUGACUCAGGUCCUGUCUCUAACCAGCUUAAGGGUGUCACGGGCUUCAAGCCUACAUUACAAUCAACUAGUCAUACAGAAUUGACAAGAAAAGCUUCUAGCAGUGAAAGAGAGACAGAAUCCGUUGUAGUUUUAGAUCCUGUUUCCACCAGUGGGGAUCAGAUGUCUGAAAACACGCUGAAUCAGAAUAAAAUGAAAGAAGAAAAAAGGAAGCUGCCACAUAAAGAAACUAAUGUUGAGAAAAUAAAAGAAACAGACAGUUCUAACUGUUAAUUGUUAUUCUGAAAGGCUGUAACUUUUGGGAGUCAUUAUCUGGACAUGUAAAUUGCUUAGGUGUGUUACUAGGGGCUACGGUCUGUACUCCAAACAGUUUUCAAUAAUAUAGAUUGAAAUGGUCUUUUGUAUGCAGUUUUGUUAUAUGCAUUAAAGUAUUAAAUAACUAUGUAUCACUCAGAAUCCCUUUCCCGUUUUAAUUUAGCAGGUAUGGUUAUUAUUUUCUUAGAUAAGAGUCAGUUACCUUUACUUUAAAACUGUAUUUGAAAAGGCUUUUAAACUUAUUCUUUUAUUGAGAAGCUGCCUUGUAAAAGGUCCAUUCUAAAGCUUGCCAGAAGCCCCUUGCAUCCCUCUUGAAUUGGACACAUUUGGGUUAGACCCUAUGAAGGUGAUUACACACACAUCAGCUUUAGUAUGAGGGGUAUUAUUAAUUAUUAAAAAAUCAGUGUUUAGACACAUUGCUUUAAAAAUAUUUUGAUAUCUACUUAAACCAAGAUCUUGUAGGUCUCCUUACUGCUGUCUCCACACACGCCUUUGUGAGGAAAUUAAAAGCACAAGCAUAACAUUUCUGUUUCAGAUUCCUCGGUGGACAGCUAGCCCAAAGACUGAAAAGCAGAGGCAGUGCAGCAUGUCAUUUGGUACCAAGACUUUUGGUAACGAUAGCCAAAGUCAGAAGUUUGUGGGUUGAGAUUGGUGCUCUCAUUUGGAUGAAAAGCUUUUCAAAGGAGGACUUACCUCCUGGUUUUUGUUUCAGUGUUACAUAGUGAAGUUUGGAACCGCUGCAACCGGAGUUUGUGUUUGCUGCUGCAAAAAAACCCCUUAUCCUAGGCUCCCGUGAGUAUGGAUUAGAUUUGGGAUUCAGUCAUUCUAGGAUUGCAAGUUAUUUGGAAUCAACAUUUUGAGAACUCCCAGCUGAAAGCUCGCAGCACUAACAAAUAAGCCUUUGCUUUGAGCCUGGUACACACUGGUGGCAUUAAUUUCUUUACUAGGUAACACUUUAGAUGUCUGUAUUUGAUGACACAAAUCCCAGUUUCCCUCAGCCCUUAUUUCCUAUGAAGACAGUGAGAUAGGUACGUAAUUGAUUUGCUCCACUGCCAAUUCACAUUCCAUUGUAGUCUCUUUUUAAAUUCAACACAGUAUCUCGUUCUUUUAUAAUCAAUGAACAAAUGUAAUCAGGGAUUUACCUAAAGAUUGGUGUAACUGAAAUUGGGUGGUAAAGUACUUGAAUGCUCUUGGAAUAUUUUUUAUUUAAUGAUUUGAAACAGUAAUAGCACUGAAGGAUGAAUGUUCUGAGUUUGUUGAUUUGGCUCUGCAUGCAACUGUCUGGUGCUUUUCCUAAAAAUAAAAGUAUAGUAACGAG